AUGCUUAAAUUUUAAAAGAAAUCUAAACACGAAGCCAAGACUUGUGUUCUUGACAUUGUUAAUUCAUUGGACUUCUUUGGCUAACCUCCUUUUUUUAGAAUCUUGAAAAGACAAAAGUUUAAUACUCUUUUGGGUCAUUUUCUGACUAUCAUUCUCUUGAUUAUGUGCGCCCUCUAUCUGUAUUUCUAAUUUUAAGACCUCCUCGAUUAAAGAACACCCAACAUAAUUAUAUCCGAAACUCAACCCUUUAAUACGCCGGCUUUUCCUUUGUAUUCUGAGAACUUUACCUUUGCAAUUAGCAUCACAGGACCAACUUUAUCAUCGCUAACUACAUACAAGAAACACUUUGAUAUUGCUAUGACUGCUUGCAAUAGAACUCGUUUUUAUAAUGAAACAACCUAAGCGACAGAUAUUUCUUUAAUAUGCAGAAAUAUCCCCUUAGAAGGUUGUAAUCUUGAAGAUCAUUUUCCAAAAGAGUAUUAGAAGCAAUUUUUUGGAAAAUUCCGCUUAACGAACAUGUUUUGUAUUAACAAGAAACUAGGAGAAGAAAAUCCACCUUAACUUCAAGGAUAUACCAGUGCUGAUACUUAUUAGUAUGUCAACAUCUCGAUGUCUCCAUGCAAAAACACAUCUACAUACGAUGGGUGCAGUCCCGUUGAAGAAAUUUAGGCAGGAUUAAAGACAGGAUUUUUUGCAUUAUAUCUAGGAGAUACUCUACUAAAAUUGGAUAAUCCAGGUAGACCUUAUGAGGAAAUUAUCACUGUUUAAUUUGCGGCAUUUUCAUCGAGUCUAUCAAAAUAAAUUUACUCGACCUUCAAAAUGAUUGAAACCAAAACUGAUGUCGGAUUAAUCCAAUAGGACUUAGUCACAGAAUUAGGAUUGAUGCAGUCUUCAAUCAAGGACUCCUCAGGACCAUUCAAUCAGAAUUCCUAUGUGGAAAAUAUUCUAUUCAUGGACUAAAGAGCCAAUAAUUAUAAGAGAUCCUACAUCAAGGUUUAAAACAUUCUUGGUAAUGUCGGAGGUCUUUGGCAAUUGGUGGCAUUGACUAUUACCACUCUAGUGAGUCCUAUAAUAGCUACAUUGAUGAAUAUGUAGAUGGCUAAUAGGAUUUUCAAUUUUGAAAAUGGAGGUGACAAAGUUCGUGAGGUACAUUCAGUUUCAAAUUCUAAUCAAAAUAUAAAUAUUAAUAUCAAUGGGAAACCUGAGCAGAAGGAUCUUAUUGUGGAAUUAAACAAGCAGGGGAGAAUCCCGUAAUCAUCGAAAAGGGAUUUGGAGAAAGUCUAAAAUAGGGGUCAAUUGAAGUAGUAUUUGAAAUAGAGGAAGAGACAGUUAAAAGUAGGUUUAUGGGAUCUGAUGUGUAUGAAUAUAGGAUUGAAGAGGAGACAAAAGCAGCAGAUUGAUUAUGCAAUUGAGAAGAUCUUGUGUAAGUUGGAUGUUGUCAAUAUAUUGACUAAGAUCCAGGAGAUAGACAAAUUAAAGUAUGUGAUAUUGAAUAAGGAUCAGUUAGAAUUGUUUAAUUAUAUUCCGAAACCUUUAAUACCUAUGGAUAUGUUCUCGUAAGAUUUUGAGAAAAAGUUGAAUGUUCUAGAGGAGAAGGCGGAAUUCCAAUUUAUUUUGUAGGAAGAGAAAUCAGAUUUGAUUAAGGUGGAGUAGGCAUUCAAUGCUUACAUGAAAUUGUAAGAGAAAAAACGAUUAACUGAUACUGACAAGAGCAUUCUUGAGUUGGUUGGUGAUGAUAUGAUAGCAAUAUUCGAUAAGAUUAACAAGAAUCAAGAUGAGUUUUUGUUGCAGAGUAAUAGAUACAUACAUUCGAAUUUGAAUUUGCUCGAGUAGAACUAGAUAGAAAUCAUAUCACCGAUUAGUAGCAAGAGUGAUAAUGAUUAAUUCAAUAGAAGUGUUAAUAAUUUUGAAUGCAUAGGUAAUGAGGAUAAUGAAGAUUAAGUUGCGUAAAUUCCACCCAAAAUACCAUCUAAAAAAUGA